AUGCCCGAACCCAAGAAGGGCUCCGAUCGGAAUCAAAUCCGGAAACCGUCGUCAAAGCAAAUUGAGCCAGAUCGGAUUCUACUCUCAAGUUGUUCAUCAAGCUGUAAGUGCGGAGGUGAGUGCACCAACAAGCCGUUCCAACAAAGGCAUAUCAAGAAGAUGAAGUUGGUUAAGACAGAGAAAUGUGGACAUGGGAUUGUCGCAGAUGAAGAUAUCAAUCAAGGAGACUUCAUCAUUGAGUAUGUUGGGGAAGUGAUUGACGAAAAGAUUUGUGAAGAAAGGCUUUGCAAGUUGAAGCAACGGGAGACAAAUUUUUAUCUGUGUCAGAUAAACUGGAAUAUGGUGAUUGAUGCUACUUACAAGGGGAAUAAAUCGAGAUACUUCAAUCAUAGCUGCAACCCUAAUACAGAGAUGCAGAAAUGGAUAAUUGAUGGAGAGACAAGAAUCGGCAUCUUUGCUAGUCGUUUUAUAAACAGAGGAGAGCAGUUAACCUACGAUUACCAGUUUGUUCAGUAUGGUGCAGAUCAAGAUUGCUACUGUGGUGCGGAAUGUUGCAGAAAAAAGCUUGGCGCAAAACCUCAAAAAGCUGUGAGCCUAAAAGCAUGUAAAAGAGUGACAUGGAAACCUCCCAAGGGAAAAGUGACUGGAGGUAGACGCGCCGCCGGCGCUUUUACGGAAAAGGUUGGUUCCGUCUCUACGGAUGCCAAGAAGUUAGACACUGGCUCAAGGGAUGCAAUCAGCUCGCUCCCUCGAGAGGUUCUUGGGGACAUCUUGUCCUUAGUUCCCACCAAACUGGCUGUUUCAACAUCUGUUCUAUCGAAAAAGUGGAGGGACAUGUUUGCAUUUGCGCAUCAUCUGGAUUUCGAUGAUUCUGACUUUCUGCAACCGGAAGAGGGUAAAGAAGAGAGAGAUGAGAUCCGGGAGAGCUUCAGGACUUUUGUGGACAGAACACUCGCUGUGCAGUGCGGUUCUCCUAUCAACAAGUUCUCUCUAAAAUGUCACGUUCUCGAUGACAGCGAUAUGGCUCAUGUGAGCCGCUGGAUCUGUAAUGCCGUACAGCGUGGUGUUUCGGAAGUGGACCUAAGCUUGAACGCUCGCGUUGAAGUCUAUCUGCCUGCUAAGCUCUUCACGAGCAAGAAGCUGGUUAAGCUAACACUUGGAACACAAGUUUCUCUUGGGAAGAUUCCAACAGAUGUGUCUCUUCCAGCGCUAAAGAGUCUCUCCAUCGAUUCAGUCUUUUUCACUAUAUAUGAUCUGAGUGAUGUGCUUCUUCCUGCUUGUCCAGUGCUCGAGGAGUUGUCUAUACUUCACGGGGAUUUUGAAGGACACCCAUACUGCAUAUCGAGUCGGAGCAUCAAGAAACUAUCAGUUCGCUACUAUUGUGAGUUUUACCUUCGUGUUAUGACUGGAAUGUCAUUUGACACCCCAAGUCUCGUGUCCCUGGACUACUCCGAUCAUGCCAUGUCUGUGUACACACCACUUAACUUGGAGUCCCUAGUCGAAGCUAGGCUGGAUAUUUGUUAUUCUCCAAAGAGAGAGCCAGAUGUAUCGGCUCUCCUUAUAGGGAUGAGCAACGUGGAGACCCUGCAUCUCUCUCCCGCUUCUGCUGAUGUGAUUUCUCGAUGUGUUAAUCAAGGGCUUACUCUACCGGUGUUCAACAAUCUGGUUAACUUGUCUUUUGGGAGUGACAGUGAGCGAGGUUUGAAACUGCUGCUGCCAUAUCUGCUUAAGCAGUCUCCAAAGCUUGAAACUCUAAUCAUCCAGGGUCUGGAUGUUGGUUACACAGGAGAUGUUGUUAAGUCUAUUGGUCCGUCGAAAGUGAAAGUGUUGCAUGUUCUUGGCUUUGGAGGAACUGCUAAAGAGUGGGAACACGUGAAGAGAAAACUCUAG